CAGGGAGUAAACUUUCAUUCUUUCUUUUUUUUAUUUUAUUUUUAUUUUCCUGAACUACUUAACGUGUUUCCGUGCAGCCCAGCUCAGUCCGACCAGUUUCCUGCAAGGAACUUUAUGGUGAAAGGGGUGUUGCGGAGUGAACUGGCAGCCCAGCGUCCCGGGGCAGGGUCUGACUUUGCGUCGCCAAGAGUCCGGAGGCUGAGGUCUGUGUGGACAUUUCUGGGAAAGCCUCUAGAGCUCCGAUUUGCCAAAGGGGAACCUGGGAAGAGACACAGUCGCGUUUCCCCGCACAGUUGCAGCGCAGGUUUCUAGCGACGCUCAGACUCAUUUUGUUGCAUUUUGAGGGAUCUUCCCCAUUUCUGCACCCAGAAGGCUGUGUUAAGUUUCGCUGGAAAUGAACAGCGCCCGAAGAAUAUUUUGAUUAGUUAACAAGUCAUUGGGGCGUAAACCAAUUUUACAUUUUCGAGAUGUGACGUGGUCCUAAACUUUUCACUCCAGGUCAUCAUUGAUUGUUUUCGGUGGAGAGGAACUCUUCUACACCAGUUCUGGAUGUUAUAACCGCGAUGAUCUACACUCCCGAGCUUGUGUUCUGUAAGUUGGAAACGGAAGUGCUGCUGAGAUGAAGUUGUAGAUCUGUUUAUGCGCUAUAAAGUCCUCUCGUAUUCGCGCUGUCAGAUUAAAAGCAGAGAGUAAAGUGGAUUUGUUCAGUAGAGGUCAUGCUCUGAAAGUGGUCGUUGGCAGAUUAUGUGCCGAUCCCGCUGCUUCUGGAAUUAAUUGAUUGUCAACCUCAGAUGCGCUAAAGACGCACAGGAUCAAGGAUCCACCGCUGGAUCUUUGUAUUUACCGCAGUAAGUGUUUAGCCUACUUUAUUGACACAUCACAAUGAGGGUUUUUGUUCUCAGUUUAGCUCUGAUAUAUAUGCUUACCUGGACCCAAGCCGACAAACAGACUCACCUCAAGCGCCGAUGCGUAAUUCGGCGUAUCCAGCAGGGCGCAACGGCCAGGAAGCCCCUCAGAGGUUUGCGUCCUGGAUAUGGUUCGGCAAUCUCGGUGCACAGCUCCACGAAAGCAGAAGAUGUACAGUCUGACCAGGGUAUCCCGCUUACCAGGUCGGAAACCUUGGAGAGCAAGAGAGCAGGAGGCCAAAGGAGAGGGGUGCGCGGACAGAUUGGCUUACGCCGUCAGGUGGCCAUGCUGCAAGAUGAGGGCACUCCAGGAGCGAGAGCCAGAGUCACCCGGAUGCCCAGCAGUGCCGGGUCACCAAAUCUGCUGGCCAGUUUCGCAGGGAAAAACCGGGUCCUUGUCAUCUCGGCGCCCCAUGAUUCAGACGGCUACUACCGACUGAUGAUGUCACUUCUGAAGCCAGAUGUCUACUGCGAGCUGGCAGAGAGACACGUCCACCAGAUAGUCAUGUUUCAUCAGGAAGGAGAGAUGGGGGGCAAGGUGCGGAGGAUUACACAAGAGGGGAAAGUGAUGGAGGAGCCACUGGAUACUGCCCUCAUCCCCAGAUUAAUGAGCUUCCUAAAACUAGAGAAAGGCAAAUUUGGAAUGGUGCUGCUGAAGAAAACCCUGCAGGUGGAAGAGAGAUACCCCUACCCGGUGAGGCUGGAGGCCAUGUAUGAGGUCAUUGACCAGUCACCCAUGAGGAAGCUGGAGAAGCUUCGUCAGAAAGGCUUCGUCCAGAAGUGUAAAGGAGCAGGUGUGGAAGGACAGGUGGAAGAAGGCACACUCGCAGCUCCGGACACGCCUGUGCUAAGAAAACCACAGAAAAAAAUCCCAAGAAAGCCCUCAACAACAACAACAACCACAACCACCACAACAACUACACAACCAACCACAACUACCACAACCACAACCCAGCCCACGACUACCACUACGACCACUACCACAACCAGAGCGACAACCACCACAACCAAAGCUACAACAACAACCAUAAAACCAACCACUACCACCACCAGAAGAACCACCACCACAAAAAGGCCCACCACCACCAGUACCACCCAGAAACCGACCAGAGCUCACACCACAGCCCUGUGGCUCCCACCGCCAAGAACUACUGCUGAUCCCUACUACAGCCGCAGAGAGAGGGAACGGUACCCCGCGAAAACCACCCCAGCCGGAGAUAACCGCACGGACAAGGACCACAGAGAUCCGCACAGCCGCAAGCUACCCGCCACUCAUAAACUCUCAAAGACCAAGCCCACCAAGAAGAAGAACAGCGGAGAGAAGGUGUUGACUAAUGAGUAUGAAGAUAAAUAUGAGCCUAGCAAGCCAACAGCAGAGGAAGAGCUGGAAACCACCACCCCUAACACUCCUAUCAGGAAGGGCAAGCACGAUAAGCACGACAAGAAGAAGAAAAAGAGUGACAAGGCCGGCAAGAAAACCGAGAGGAGAGGAGGAAAGCCAGGGAAGGAGGGAAAGAUGGGCGGGAAAAAAAAUGGAAAGAAGGUGUCAAAGUACCCGGACAAAGAGGACUACACAAAGCCCACUAAGAAGCCAACGCCCCUACCAAAGAGCCGACUUUCCUCCUUUCUGGAUUACUUUGAGAGCAGGAGGCGGCUGCUGCUGAUUACAUCCCCCAGUGAGGAGAACAGCAUGUAUGUUCAGCAGAGGGAUGAGUACCUGGAGUCUGUGUGUGAAAUGGCCAUCAGGAAGGUCUCUAUCAUUACUAUUUUUGGCUCUUUGACCAACUCCACCAUGAAAAUUGACCACUAUCAGAUAGACAAUGACAAGCCUAUGAGGGGUCUUCGUCAGGAGGACCUGGUGAACCAGGAUCUGAUCACAGAGCUGAGGAAAGAGUUUGGCAUGACAUACGAGGAGUUCUACAUGGUCCUGACAGACACUGACAUGAGAGUCAAGCAAUCCUACGAGGUUCCCAUUGCCAUGAAGGCUGUAUUUGAGAACAUCGACACCUUCUCCUCCCGAAUCCGAGAGAUGGAGCAGCAGAAGAGAGAUGGGGUGUUCUGCAAGAAAGAGGACAAGCCCAGAUCUUUGGAAAACUUCCUCUCCAGGUUCCGAUGGAGACGUCGCCUGUUCAUCAUCUCCGCUCCCAGCGACGAGGAGUGGGCCUAUCAGCAGCAGCUCUACGCCCUGAACAGCCAAGCCUGCAAUCUGGGCCUGAGGCACAUCGCCAUUCUGAAGUUGGUUGGCACGGAGUUGCCAGAUAUGGGCGGAGUCUUGGAACUCUAUCCUAUCAAUGGUCUGAAAUCGAGCCCUGCACUCUACAACCAAGAUCCAAGGAGUGCUACCGUGGAGCGUGAAGGGCUCUCAGCUACCCUUGUGAAGGACAUGAGAAACUACUUCCAAAUCAGCGCAGAAUACUUCUCCAUGCUGCUGGUGGGAAAGGAUGGCAAUGUUAAGUCCUGGUACCCCUCGCCUAUGUGGUCCAUGGCCAUCAUCUAUGACCUGGUAGACUCUAUGCAGCUCCGCAGACAGGAGAUGGCCAUCCAACAGUCGCUUGGUAUGCGCUGCCCUGAAGACGAAUACGGUGGCUAUGGCUACCAUCAGCAUGGAUACGAACACGGUUAUCAGGACGGCUAUCACCAAGGGUAUGGUUACUAAUAGGUGUGUGCGAGCCAGUGAUGCACGCCGCCCUGCAGCUGGUCCUUGGUGCUAUCUUCCUUUGGCCCAUAACCUUUCCCAUCUUCCACCAGGCAGUUGUCACAGAUGAAUAUUUUGUAGCACUUAGAGAAAGGAAGAAAACUGCUUUCACAUAUCCACUUCUUUAACAUUCACUAUAUAGCUUAGUACGCAAUAUAAUUAGCAGUCACAUCUGGUUAGUCAAUAAAUGUAUGGAUGAACCUGGAGGUUCAGAGAUGGGUUAUGUACUUUAGUUUUUUUUGUUUUUUUUUUUACUUCAAACAUUAGUACAUCAUCUGUCAUCUUCACUGGGCCAAACUUACAUAUUCAGAUUCUCAGCACACACUUUGAUUUUGUAGAUAAUAGGAAACGUAUUUAUUGGACAUCUGUUGCAUUUGAAGUGCAUUUACCAAUAAUAAUAUAAAAAGCGUUGCAUUAUUUCUCUUUUGUAAAGUUUCUGUUGCUAUACAUUGUUUGUAUUUAUACUCUGUUUCUAUA